CAACUAUGUACGACCAUUCAUAAAUGUGACCCUACUUUCAUUUUCACUUUGUUUUAUUUUUUACAACAUGUCCAAAGUUCACUCGUGGCCGUUUCGGUUUCUACGUUCAAGAAACAUUCUUCAAAGAAAAGUCGGUGGUCAUAUACAAUUACUUAUGAGUGAAGCCAGGAAAAUGUCGGAUACAGCUGAGCAAUACAAGUUUGAGACCUUAAAUGUGACACGACCAAGAGAGUUUGUUGUACAAGUGGAGAUGAACAGACCGAAGAAGCUGAAUGCUAUGAAUCGAGCAUUCUGGAGAGAGUGCAGAGAAUGUUUCCAGAAAUUGUCCACAGAUAAGGACUGCAGAGUAGUGGUCCUGUCGGCAGCUGGAAAAGUAUUUACUGCAGGUUUGGACUUGACUGAUAUGUCCGAAAUAGCCAUCAUAUCUAAUCCGGAGCUAGAUGCCAGUAGAAAGGCUUUCAUGGUCCGCAAUACAAUCAAAGACUACCAAGAGACGUUUACAGUGAUUGAAAAAUGUUCCAAACCAGUGAUAGCAGCCAUACACAGUGCCUGUGUAGGGGGAGGAGUGGAUAUGACUUCAGCCUGUGAUAUACGAUACUGUACGGGGGAUGCCUGGUUCCAGAUCAAGGAGGUGGAUGUAGGAUUAGCAGCUGAUGUGGGAACUCUACAGAGAUUUCCAAAAAUUGUGGGAAAUGACAGUUUAGUCAGGGAACUGUGUUUCACUGCAAGAAAAUUCUACAGUGAUGAAGCUAAACAAAUGGGAUUUGUCAGCCGAAUAUUUCAAGACAAAGAGGCCAUGAUGGGAGGAGCAUUAGAUGUAGCAUCUCUGAUUGCAUCAAAAUCACCAGUGGCUGUACAGGGUUCCAAAAUAAGCCUGGUGUACUCUCGAGACCAUGCUGUGCAGGAAGGAUUGGAUCAUGUGGGAUUAUGGAACCAGUCAAUGCUUCAAAGUGAAGAUGUUAUGAAAUCUGUUAUGGCUUCCAUGGAGAAGAAACAACCAACAUUUUCAAAGCUUUGAAUUAAUUAAUACAGUUGUGAUGACAACUUCAUGAAGUUUGAUUUCACUGAUUGAAUGUCAUCUAAUAUUUCAUAUACAUGAACAUAUUGUUGAAUUCUUUUGUAUAAUACUUCUUUUCAUUAUAAGAUAAUUCCUGUACUUUAAUUAACAAUAUGAUGUGAAAAAUGA